GACGCUGACUGGUUCCCAUCGCUAAAAUGGCUGUGCAGGGAACAGAGGAGGAUUUUGAAACUUUCUUCACAAAUGUUCAGUCCUGGUUGAAAAUAAUCCAGGAACGUUUGCAAGUCACUGACAAUGUUGAAGGACCAAAGGAAGCUCCGUACGCCAGGCUGAAGGAGACUGAGGAAAUCUUGGCUGAGGAACCUGUAGGAAGAAUGAGGAUACAGUUGGUACAGGUAAAGGCAGAUUUGCUCCUGGAGGACAACAGUGAUGACAAGAGGCAUGAGUUCCACAGAGCAUUGAAACAGAUUGGAACAGCAUGUGAAGAUAUACAGACGAACAUGGUGCAUUGUCAUAGUUGCAUUGAAUGGGUGUUGCUACACUGGAUGAAGUACUUGAAGGCGAGGGAGGAUUAUUUCGCAUGGCUGAAGCUGGAGUCUGAUCUUGAAUCACAACUGACCUUAAAGGACAAGAAGCUUCAGCUAUCCCACAAAAUUCUGCUGGGCAGCAUCUUUAAUCAGACAGUUUUACUCGAGCGUCUUCUCCAGGAAUCGGAGUCCUUGUUCACCAAAACCACAGAUGAGAUUCUCAAUAAAGAAUCUCAACAGAAAUUAAAAUGGGAUCACGGGGAACUUGAGAUGAAAGCCAAGCAAAUGGUGACGAAUUUGUAAGGACAUGUGCAGCAGCAUCAGGUUUAUCUGGACAACUGGGAGAAAUUCCAAAACUGGCUGCAGUUAAUGGCAGAAAAUCGCAACCGUUGCAUGACCCACAGGAGCAGCAAGCAUCACCUGGAUGGAUCACUCCGGGAACUGUGGGAUUUGUGCAACAUUCUCAGCAGCAAGAAACGAGAGCUGGACAAUCUGCAGAACCAAGCUGAAGCUGUGAUACGGAACACAUCCCCCAAAGGAGCAGAGAACGUUGUCAGAGGCCUGGAGAAACUGAGCACGGACUGGGAGAAGCUGAAACUAAAGUGUCGACUGGCGGAAGGCCCAUUGCAGCUGGCGUGGCAGUCCUUGCUGGAGUACCUGUCCAGGUACCUGAAGCGUCGCUGAAAAUCUGUCCCAGCCCGUGUGCGCGAUUUU